GUUCUGAGGAGUCGUGAGGUCUCCCCGGCACAUACACACGGUAGGAUCCCUAUGCGGCCGAUGCGAUGAACUGGAGAGAAUGAGAAACGUGCGAAUAUCCACAGAAGCUUUAACGUAGUUGUAUAUUAACAAACGUUCGUAGUGCCGAUGUUUUUUUUUAACACUUUUUGUCGCUUUAUAAGUUUGAAUAGGAGAUAAAGCAAGCAAGCCAGGUAACGUAAGUGAACUGCUAUUCGGAUUGGGAACUAACGUUUAAAGGCAAAUGUUCCGCUAACAACUGGAAUAGGGACAUAAGCGUGGCUCUACACAAAAGGACUCAGACUUGAGUGAGCGACUGUGCGGAAAGUGAGCCAUGCCAUCAGUGAUGGAGCGAUCAGGGUCUGGUGUGCUGUCCCGAAGCAGGGCCAAAACAGUCACGAAUGGGAACAGCCAGCACUCUGAGGAAGAGAGCAGUGAUGAGGAACACACACAUGCAGACAGUAUGAUCCGCGUUGGUGGGGACUACCAGGCACAGAUCCCAGAGUUCAAACCAGACUGUGCAUCUCGCUACAGUGACAGUGACCAGAGGAGCAUGCUGGUCUGGUCACCAAACAGCCAAGUGUCUGAUGCCAUGUUGGAUGAAUAUAUUCUGAUGGCCAAAGAGAAGCACGGAUACAACAUGGAACAGGCUCUUGGCAUGCUUCUGUGGCACAAGCAUGACGUGGAGAAGUCACUGGCUGACCUGGCUAACUUCACUCCCUUUCCUGAUGAGUGGACAGUGGAAGACAAAGUUCUGUUUGAACAGGCUUUCAGCUUUCAUGGCAAGAGCUUCCAUCGCAUCCAACAGAUGCUUCCAGACAAGCUGAUCUCAAGCCUGGUGAAAUACUACUACUCUUGGAAGAAAACCAGAACCCGGACCAGCGUCAUGGACCGUCAGGCACGCAGGCUCCUUAGCAAGAGAGAAAAGGAUGAGAGUCACGAUGAGAUUGAGGAAGGAGAUCCAGGCAGUGACAGUGACUUUGAGAUCAAUGCCAGGAAAGAGACGUCAAAGCAGAGCUCUGGAAAUGGAGGAGGAAGUGAUAAAGGUUCAAGCAAGCCUGGGCUGACUCGGAAAGAGAACCAGGGUGCGCAGUACCGUCACCACCCGCUUCGCGCUCGCCGCAGGCCUCCUAAAGGCAUGCAUCUGGAGCAGGAGGACAUUGUUGGGCUCUCAGCGUCCACUGAUUCAGGAGCUGUUAAUCUCAGACAGCUGGACACACAGUUAGUGUCCCUGAAGAGACAGGUCCAAAGCAUCAAGCAAACCAAUAGUGUGCUCAAGCACAACUUGGGUGAUGGAAUUGAAGGCUUAAGACCAUCAGAGCCCACCCAAAAAAUCAACUCUCGCUGGACAACGGAGGAGCAUCUCCUGACUGUUCAAGCCAUCAGGCGAUACGGUAAAGACUUUGCCGCCAUAGCGGACGUGAUUGGCAACAAGACAGUGGCGCAGAUCAGCUCAUUCUUCGUCAGCUAUCGAAGACGCUUCAAUCUUGAGGAGGUGCUACGUGAAUGGCAGGCAGAACAGGAAGUGGUGCAAGGGGGCAGCGGGAGGGCCGUGAACAUGGAGCUGAACGGGUCGUCAGGAGCGGAAGAUGAUGAGGUGCAGAUGGAUGGCGUCUCUCCACCUCUUUCUGACAGUCCACUGCCCUCUUCUGAUGUUAGUGUGGCUGGGAACCCCAACUCUGCCCAGUCCUCCCCACCCCUCACUCAGCCUCCACCCUUACUGCGCCCUGCACCCCCCUCAGCACCCCCUAGCCUGCUGCGGCAGCCUCCCCCGCUUCAGACACGACCUCUACAAAACCGGACGCCCCACAAUCACCCUCCCCCCCCCCCUCCGCUCAUAAGACCCGCAGUGGCAUCCUCGCUCCACCAGGGGGCACUGAGGAACCCUCUAAGUUCCUCCUCUGCGGGACAGCUGCCACCCUCACUAGUGGGGCUGAAGGUGGAAUCCCCCCAGUCACACUGAUCGCCAUGUAGUAUUUGCCCUUUAAUAACGGUUUAAGACACCCAAAUAGUCAUUUAACAGAGAAUUUGUUUUUAAAUUGCUGUAAAAGGGCAAUGUGUAGUAAUGCCUCUCAAACAUAGGAGAAAAAAAAACCGAGGUGAACUGGAAGCAAAGCUGGACAUGCACCAAAACACACAUUUAGCAAGUCAGGAAGGAUAAAACUAUACAGUGUGAUCCGCUUCUCCACUACAGGACCAAGGAGAACCCUCCAUAAUAUAAACCACAGUCUUGCCAAAAAACCAAACCCUGCUGCCCCACAAACCCAUCUGUCCUCAGGUUCUACAGCUUUACCUCGUGAACAGUCUCAAGCACAACAGCUUCCACUGUAACUACAGCUAUCUGUGAAUCACCUUCUGCAAUAAAUGCUGAGCGGAAGUUGGAAGUUUAACCAAAAUUGUGGGGUAAAAACCUUAUACACUGGAAUUAAAAACUGCCACGAAACAGACUCAUGUGAGUUCCUUCCACCAUUGCUUUGGCAACAGCUGCAUAUCAUCUAAGUGUGCAUGACUACAGGCACUAGUGAGUGUUCUGAAGUGCACCUGGUGUCAGGAUACUACUCACUCUCCCAUUGAAGAGCCAUGCUGAUAGUCAUACUAGGUGAAGCGGUUUUGUUGUUUGUAUAAUUAGGUCUUUAAGAUAUUGUUAGGUAGUGAAGUUAAGUAGUACUAGUUAAUAUUGACUAAGCACUAAGUGAUGCAAAAUACUUGAUUUUUUUGUUGCAACUCUGGAAUACACUGAUUUCAUCUCGCUCUUAAAGGCACAGACACAGAGGCAUCAAAACACUAAAGAUGAUUCCCGAGGAAGCUCGUGCAAGAGUUAUCGUUUCUUCCAAAAUGUUGUAUGUAUGUGAGAACUGUUUACAUGUGAACUGGAUUUGCUUGUGACUAUUUUUGUUUUAGAUUUUUUUUUUUUUUCAAAAUAAAGUGAAAAUGACCAAAUGA